UUCUCCAAGGCUUGCUAGGUGCCUGUGUGCCCUCACUCUUGCAAGCUUCUUCCCUGCAGGUUUCAGCCAUGUGGCUCUACCUGGCUGCCCUGCUAGGACUUUACUUCCUUCACCAAUGGUACCAGGAGAGACAGACAGUGGAGAACCUGACGGAGAAAUAUGUCUUAAUCACCGGCUGUUCCUCUGGCUUUGGGAACCACCUUGCCAGGCAUCUGGAUGCCCGGGGUCUGUGGGUGUUGGCAACCUGUACCACCCAGAAGGGGGCAGAGCAGCUGGACAAGGUCACCUCAGAGCACUUGAAAACCACCGUUCUGGAUGUCACCAGUAAGGAGAGUGUGGCGGCAGCAACGGAGUGGGUGAAAGAUCAAGUGGGGAACAAAGGGCUCUGGGGCUUGGUGAACAAUGCGGGAAUAGGUGUCCCAUCAGGUCCCAACGAAUGGCUGACCAAAGAUGACUUUGCAAAGGUGAUCAAUGUCAACCUGCUAGGGUUGAUUGACGUGACGCUACACAUGCUGCCGCUGGUGAGGAGAGCCAGAGGGAGGGUGGUCAAUGUGUGCAGUGUGAAUGGACGCCUGGCCUGCUUCGGAGGCGGUUACUGCCCAUCAAAGUUUGGUGUGGAAGCCUUCUCUGACACCCUGAGGUAAAAACAAGCUCUGUAGCCUACUUUUGGUUUGGUUUGGUUUAGUGACGUGGUGUUUCUCCAGGUGUAGGGAAUAAAAACAGGUGUUGGGAAAUCAGGCUGCUGUCAAGGGCUGAACCUUCAAUCACAGAUC